AUGAACUACCCAUUUGAAGAACUUCAAAACAACUACAGACUCGCUGCAGUGGUCAAGAAUAAACUACACUCUUGCACUACUGGAUGCAAGAGGAAAGGAUUCGACCUAAGGGAGAUAGUGUGCCAUGCAAACCUUCUGGACUCGAUCCUGGACAACAUAGACGUGCUCAAGUACAGAUACGUGAGCCAGCAGCGUGGGACCCCCGGUAGGACCGCACCACUACUCACAUCUGUUGCUUCUUCUUCUACGGAGCCAAUGUACGUUUACAACCCACUGCCUCUUCGCAAACACCAAACUGCAUACGACGAUGCAGCGACCGAGGACGACGACGACGAGGAUUGUGAAAAGUACUACCAAUACGACUCUGGGUCAGACUCCAAUUGCGAUGGUGAGGGCUCACACGAGCAAUCCCUCAACGAGGAGGAGUCUAUCUACAACGACGACCUCAUCACUGCACCAAGCAUGGUCCCAAGGUCACCCAGCCCAUCAUCAUCAUCAACGGACGACGACAUCGAAGAUACAGAGGUUGCUGCAACGCAGGACAAAUCCCCACCGACAGAGUGUGUGCUCUCGAAGCCACUCGCAGCGGCGGUAAUAACGGCCAUGGACAAUAGCAACAGCAGAUCCAGUCUCUACUACCGGCUACGGUCCUAG